CUCCGACCCCAGACCCGACAACAUCCGCCUCCGCUCCAUCCCCAACGUGGUCCCGUCGGAGCUCACUCGCGCAAACGACCACCUCGCCUUCAUGGAAGCUGUCAUGUCCAAAAUGGAAGCGCCCUUCGACCACCUACUCCAUCGCCUUCAGCCGCCGCCUACGCUGAUCUUAGCUGACACUUUUUUGUACUGGGCGGUGGCCGUUGGAAACCGAAGGAACGUUCCGGUGGCGUCGUUUUGGACCAUGUCGGCGUCUAUUUUCUCUGUGCUCCACCACCAUCACCUUUUGGAGCAACAUGCUCAUUACCCUCUCAAUUUCUCAGAAAACGGUGGCAAACGUGUGGAUUACAUUCCUGGAAUAUCCCCAACGCGCCUCGUAGAUUUUCCUCUAAAUGAUGGCAGUUUCCGCAGCAAGCGAACUAUGCAAUUGUGCCUCAAAGGUUUCGCGUGGGUUUCCAAAGCACACUGUAUCUUAUUCACUUCCAUUUACGAGCUGGAGCCUCGAGCCAUCGAUGUCCUAAAGGCAGAGUUCUCUUUGCCCAUAUACACUAUUGGCCCUGUCACACCUUAUUUCAGCCUUCAAAAUGAAAACAACCCCACUUUGAGUUAUAGCUACAUGGAGUGGCUUGAUGCACAACCCCUUGCUUCUGUUCUUUACAUCUCACAAGGUAGCCAUUUCUCGGUUUCAAGGGCUCAAAUUGAUGAGAUGGCAUUUGCUUUGAGGGAAAGUGGCAUUAGGUUCUUGUGGGUAGCACGUGGUGAGGCUUCAAGGUUGAAACAAAUUUGUGGGGACAUGGGGUUGGUUGUGACAUGGUGUGACCAAGUGAGAGUGUUGUCACAUUCUUCUAUUGGAGGAUUUUGGUCCCAUUGCGGGUGGAAUUCCACAAAAGAAGGUGUGCUUGCUGGGGUUCCGUUUUUGACUUUCCCAAUAAUCAUGGACCAACCACUUGAUAGUAAGAUGAUUGUGGAGGAUUGGAAGGUUGGGUGGAUUUUUGGAUAUUUACUUAAAAAUAAAAUAUAA